CACUUCUUGUCGCGUUACUGAGGUAACAUGAUUGUCCACGUGAGCUUCUCUCAGCUGGGUGCUGCAUAGCGCGAGUGAAUGAAGAAAGGAUGGGCAGAAAAUGGAAUCCUUGGGAAAAUGGAAGAAAGAUUCUAUAUCACGUACGUUGGAUAAGAAGUUGAGUCUUAUGAAGAACAGCAGGACAGGAAUGAUUGCAAAGCGUCUUCAAGGCACUUUCAAGUUUCACGGUUAUUUACGGUCGGUGUUUCCUUCAGAAUGUUCCGCGGCCCUGUGGUGACAUGGAAGACCAUGAACAGACGCAGUUAAAGAAAGGCUCCUGUCCAGCCCUGAUUAUGAGGAGGAACGAGCAGCUGGAAGCGCGGCGGGUUGCCAUGGCGCUGACCCCACAGCGGGUUGCCAUGGCGCUGACCCCGCAGCUGCCCCCUCGCACCCACCGGCCCCUCUGCCUGUCCAUCUCCUCCGACAGUAGCGGGCGCUUUAAAGCCCUGGAGACACCGGAGUGGAAGAACAACCUCAAAGCACAGAUGGAGCAGGCCCACAGUGCGGGGGCAGCCAGCAGCACUGGGUCCCUGGAGCGGGCCUCCCUCUUCUGCGCCUCCGUCUCCUCCACCCCGGCCUCCAGCUCCGGCCUGCCCAGCCCGGGGAGCAAGUCCUCCGGCCGCUUCGGCCUGUUCUCGCCCCCCUGGAACAGCAGCUCCGAGUCCGACUCCAACCCGCCCUCCCGCUCCGGCUCCAAGAAGCUCCGCAAGUACCCCCACCGGGGCGCGGCCGGGGGCGGGGUCCCGGCCAAGGGGGACGAGCCCGGCGAGCCCAAACAGGGCCCCCCCGCCGAGCACUUCCACUUCGCCGAGCCGGUCAUCUCCAAGGUGACGGACUACAUCUACGUGGGCAACCUGAACGCGGCCUACAGCGGCCACACGCUGUGCCGCAACAACAUCGACAGCAUCGUGGACAUGAGCAGCCUGCCCGGCGAGACCAGCCUGUGCCUGAUCCCCUGCACCUGCUCCCGCGGCGCGCGCCACACCUGGUCCCGCCUGAAGGUGCACCUGGGCGACCUGUCGGACCUGUCCCACCCGGGCCCGCGCUGCUUCCAGGACAUCAACGAGUGCAUCGACGCGUCGGCGGGCAAGCGCAAGCGCGUGCUGGUGCACUGCCGGGACGGCUUCUCGCUGGCGCCCACCUGCGUCAUCCAGUACCUGAUGGUGAAGCAGAACAUGAGGCUCCUGGCCGCCUACGAGCUCCUGAGGUCCCGCUACCCGCUCAACAUCCGCGAGUGCCACCAGGACGUGCUGGUGAGCCUGGAGCGGGCGCUGAGGCCCGGGGGGGACGUGGACCCCGAGUGCUUCAAGGUGGCCAUCUCCCGCCGGGUGGCCUGGACCUAAACCUGCCCCCCUCUCACCCCUCACCCCCCCUAAUGUUCACCUGCUGG